AUGAGCUGGAAAGGAUUUCAAAAGGCAGUAGUAAGGGCACCUCAACAAGUUAAGGGAAAGCUUAAUAUUGGGGAAAAUACGGUGGAUGCAGCUUAUAUAGAUGUUGAAAAUCAAUUUAAAGAACUUGAGCUAAAAUUAAGAAAAUUGCUUAAUAAUGCCAAAAAAUAUUUACAAUCAAUAACAGAUAUUUUAAGUUAUCAAAUGGAGUUUGCGGUGAUUAUUGAAGAAAUUUAUAAACCAAUUACAGGAAAGAGUACAGAUAUUGAAAAUAAAUCGAAUGAAGAAUGUAGUGAAGCUGUUGAUGCUUGUCAAAAAUAUCGAAAUAUUGUUAAAGAACUUCAAGAAAUACUUACUCCGGAGCUAGAAAUGAUUGAAUCAAGAAUUAUUGCUCCUACUAGUGAAUUAUUAUCUAUUAUUGCAUCUAUUCAUAAAAUAACAGAGAAACGAGAACGAAAACGUUUGGAUUAUGACCGUCAUAGAUCUAAUUUAAAGAAACUUCAAGACAAAAAAGAAAAAACCUUAAAAGAUGAAAGAGCUCUUUAUAGUGCAGAAAAUGUUGUUGAACAAAGUACACAAGAAUAUGAAUAUUAUAAUACUUUAUUAAAAGAAGAACUUCCUAUACUUUUUGGUUUAGAAAUUAAUUUUAUUCAACCAUUAUUUCAAAACCUUUAUUAUAUACAACUUAAUAUAUAUUACACUCUUUAUGAAAAAAUGAAGUGUAUUGACAUUGGAUAUUUUGAUUUAAAUAGAGAAAUUGUUGAAGGAUUUGAACUCAAGCGAAAUAAUAUUCAAGAAAUAACAGAAAGUCUUGGUAUUGUAAGAUUUACUCUAUCUCGAAGAUCUCGAUGUGUCGCUGAAGCUGACAAUUCUAAACCAGCCAAACUAUCUCCUACAUCAUCUCACUUAGAAUCAAAUGUGCAAUCAGAAGAAUUGCCUUCUUAUUACGAUGUACAAAAUUUACAAAAUUAUCAGACAAAUUAUGGAAAUAACAUUGGAGAAAGCAGUAAUGCUAAUAAUAGGAAUUCUAAUAUCAAGAAGAUACCACCACCUCUUCCAUGUAAACCAACUCUAUUAAAAGGAAAAGAAUGCGCAGUGGCAUUAUAUGACUAUGAAGCACAGAUGGAAGGUGAUCUUUCUUUUAAAGCAGGAGAUAGAAUUGAAAUAAUAAAGAAAACAGAUAAAAAAAAUGAUUGGUGGACUGGGAGAUUAAAUGGAGUUGAGGGAGUAUUUCCGGGAAAUUAUACUGUAUUAGAACAGUCGUGAUCUAUUCAUUGUUUUUUCGAAAAAAUGCUGUUUUGAAAAUAGAC